UUGGAAUUGAACCUGGGACCCUUCAGUAGAAAGGCUGACACUAUUCACUGAGCCAAACCGGUUAUUUUUAUUUAUUUCUUCUGGUGUGCAUGCUGUAAGACUGUAAAAACCUCAUGCAAACAACCUGUUCUUUGAGAUGGUACAGUCCCAGGUUUCUAGAUUAAAACUCUUGCACAGUGAGUAGGUGAUCAGAUGUUGGGUUUCAGCCAUCAGAUCUGCUGCCGCCCACCUGAUCCAAAAGGAUUGCAAAAAUAUUGCCACUGGGUAGUUACUUUUGAACCAUGCGAAAGGCUGACUAUUGGGAAAUGUCACUAGCUAAGCAUGCCCUGUUUCCCAGGAGUGUAGGGUCCCUGUUGUCUCUCCAUUCAUAUUCCUGGGAGAGGGAGAAGCAAGGUCCGCUCUGAUUGGACCAAAGGCCAGGAAAGGGAAGUUGCCCUUCUAUGCCCCACACACCUAGGAGCACAUGAUCCUAUCACCCCCACCCCCCCCCCCUCCCCGUUCUCUUUCCUAGAGGACAUAUGCCUAGAGAGCUUUGGGUGUUGGUGGUAGGGUGCAACAGCAGACUGCAGGAAGCUCAAAUUCAGAGGGCGUAAGCCUGUGGGAGGGAGAAGCCUCAAACCAUAGAUGUGGGAGUUGGAGCCUGUCUGGAGUGGGAACUGGGGUGGCUUCCACUGGGCAGAGUGAGAUGGAAACCCAGUGUAGUCCCAGGGGCAAAGGAGGAGGGUGCCUGGGACCUGGGUCUGUUCCUGCCUCAGGGGGAAGUGUUCCCUGAGCACGAAUCUUAAAGGUACACAGCCUGGAGAGAGCCUCUGCAAGAAAGUCUGGUGAGGCUCCCCCACUCCUUCCAGUCCUCUAAGAACUCCUCCUCUCUCUGCUCCAGAGACCACCUAUGUGUGGGCUGGCCAACUGAACCAGCUGUGGGAGAGAGAUGGGGUCAGUUCAAAUUCUGGAACAAAACCUGGGGAGAAGGGACAAGACGGGAAGCUGUGAAAAGGGGAAGGGAGACAAGCAAGGGCCUAAGGGCUCCUGUCCUGAACUGGGAUAAAGCCAGCCAUAUACGAAUUGAAGGCAACUUGGAUCCUUCCUCCUCCCUUCUUCCCCUCGCCCCAGGUCCCUCGGCUUCCGGCCAGGUCCCAGUGGUGGUGGCAGGGCAAUGGAUGUUUACAUUAGGGAGCUGAGCGCCAGAUCCCUGGACUCAUGCACCCUUGACCCCAGGGCCUUUCUGUUCCUCGUGGCAACGUGAGCACAAGAGUUACAUCUGCAGAGGAAACGGGACAGACUCAGAAAGGGGCUUCGCGGGGGCGAGCGAGGAGGUGAAAGGAAGUUCUGAGCGUCAUUCAGAGACCGCGGGGCAGAGACCAGCAGAGCAGGGCGGGUAGGAGGGGACGGAAGCGGAGAGAUCGGAGCUGCUGAGGCAGCCCCUGAUCCCUGGCAAGACGUCCGGCCAGAGCAGCUUGGGUUCGAGAAACACUCGCCCCCUGCCCGCUGCCCCCUUGGAUGGGAAGCCAGGUGGAGGCUGACCAGCAGGAGGGCGCAGCUGGCAGCUCCACGCGGGUGAGCUCCUUGGAAGAUGAGGCCUCCCUUCUGCCUUACCAUGAAGCAGUCUUCACGCCAGUCUUUUUGGGGCCUCUGCCAUGGUCAUUCUUUCCACAUUCCCCUGGAGAAAGCAUCUGCCCCACCCAAGCACCAUCAUAAAAGUCCUCAGGUGUGCCCCCCCAAUCCAGCCCCAGAAUGGCACUGCCUCCCAGCCCCCUGGCCAUGGAAUAUGUCAAUGACUUUGACUUGAUGAAGUUUGAAGUAAAACGGGAACCUUCGGAGGGGCGAUCUGGCACCCUCACAGCCUCACUGGGCUCUACACCUUACAGCUCAGUGCCUCCUUCGCCCACUUUCAGUGAGGCAGGCGUGCUGGGGGCCACCGAGGGCCCCCGGCCAGGCCUGGAAGAGCUGUACUGGCUGGCCACUUUGCAGCAGCAGCUGGGGGCUGGGGAGUUACUGGGGCUGAGUCCUGAGGAGGCCGUGGAGCUGCUGCAGGGUCAGAACCCAGUCCCUGUUGAGGGACCCCAUGGCUAUUACCCAGGGAGCUCAGAGGAGACAGGAGCCCAGCCCGCCCAGCUGGCCGAGCGCUUUUCUGACGCGGCGCUGGUGUCGAUGUCCGUGCGGGAGUUAAACCGGCAGCUGCGGGGCUGCGGGCGCGACGAGGCGCUGCGGCUGAAGCAGAGGCGCCGCACGCUGAAGAACCGCGGCUACGCGCAGGCCUGCCGCUCCAAGAGGCUGCAGCAGCGGCGGGGGCUGGAGGCGGAGCGCGCCCGCCUGGCCGCCCAGCUGGAGGCGCUGCGCACCGAGGUGGCCCGCCUGGCCAGGGAGCGCGACCUCUACAAGGCUCGCUGUGACCGGCUGUCCUCCGGGGGCCCCGGGCCCGGGGACCACGCUCACUUCCUCCUCUGAGCCUCUUGGGGCCACGGAGUGGUGGAAUAGGUUGGGGUGGGCUCACCACCCAGAAGGCAGCUGUCCCAUUCACUAGGUGUUAUCCAGCGCCUUCUGGUGCCAGACACUCCUCUGUAUGACCACAGCCAUAUCCUCAAAUUUCCCGGACCCUUAAGGCAUGUGCUGUCCCUUCAAACGGGCCAUGCACAGAAACCCUCUACCUUUUGCCCAAAAAUCCACACGACCAGGAUCUGAGAUCAGCGGGAACCAGUACCAGGCACUGUGUGUGAGCUGGGCAGGGCGGGGGGGAGGGGGGGGGCGGGCGGCAAGGGCGUGGAUGAUGGCUGAGUGACAGUGCAUGGGAGGUGAGGGAGUGGUGUGUAUUUUAAUGAAAGGUUUUCAAUUUAUAGGGCAUUAGGCAGUAAUUAGCAACAAGGCUGUAUUUUCAUUCUGGGGCUCAUAACCUCCCCAGUUAGGAUUACUGCAUUUUCAAGGUUUUAAUUUCCAAUAGCAAGACAGACUAGGAAUUUCAUCCAAGAGGCUUUCCUCCUACCCAACCCAGUGGCUUCCAGGGCCCAGAGCUGCAAAGGCUUGAGGAGCUUCGGGGGUGGUGAUUGUGGGCCGGGAGAGAGCCCUGGGCGGGAGUCCGGAGACCUGGGUGCUCCAGCUCUGCCAAGGGAACCACUGCAAUCUUAAGCAAAUCAUUUGCUCCCUGGAUCUUAGCUACCUCAUCUAAGCCUCAUUCGGGUUGGGUGACUGCUCUCACUUUUCCAGUCCCGGCAUCCUUAGUGUGCGAGUCCAGGGGUCUCCCCAAGACAACCUCACCGAAGGGACUUCCUGACCUGCGCCAGCUUCCUGGCUGCAGCCUACACAGUGGAUGAGCCCACGCACCGGUCCUCUGCUGCUCCCUGCAGGCCGCUUGACCUCCAGAUCUGCAUAAGAUGACCCUGCUCCCUCCUGCCUUUCUGAGGGCUGAGGUGAGACUUGCCCCAGCAUGGCAAGGAGCUGAGAGUGCAGCUUUUGUGAAUUAAACUUGAAGUCCAGACAGAA